GUUGGAUUCGGAAUGCGAAUUCCGGUGGCAGGCUCUUGCUAGUGCUUGGAAGUGCUCCCCUGGGGGGGGGAAGGGGGGCAAGCGCGCAGCCCCGGUGUGCCAGGUGCAGGUGACGGGCUGCCCGGGGCAGGAUCUGGAAGACUUCCUCUACUCCUUCUUGUAAUUGGUGUAUGUGUUUAACCCUAAAUUGUGCAUUAUGGCAGACAAAUUAACAAGAAUUGCUAUAGUCAACCAUGACAAGUGUAAGCCAAAGAAAUGUCGUCAGGAAUGCAAGAAAAGUUGUCCUGUGGUUCGAAUGGGAAAACUUUGCAUAGAAGUCACAUCACAGAGCAAAAUAGCAUGGAUCUCAGAAACACUUUGUAUUGGUUGUGGUAUUUGCAUCAAGAAAUGUCCUUUUGGAGCCUUGUCAAUUGUUAACUUGCCUAGCAACCUGGAGAAAGAAACAACACAUAGAUAUUGUGCCAAUGCCUUCAAACUUCACAGGUUGCCUAUCCCUCGUCCAGGUGAAGUACUGGGAUUGGUUGGAACCAAUGGUAUUGGAAAAUCAACUGCCUUGAAAAUUUUAGCAGGAAAACAGAAGCCAAACCUUGGAAAAUAUGAUGAUCCACCUGACUGGCAAGAAAUUUUGACUUACUUCCGAGGAUCUGAAUUACAAAACUAUUUUACCAAGAUUCUGGAAGAUGACCUGAAAGCUAUCAUUAAACCUCAGUAUGUGGACCAGAUUCCUAAAGCUGCAAAGGGAACAGUGGGAUCAAUUCUGGAUAGGAAAGAUGAAACUAAGACACAAACCGUUGUAUGUCAGCAGCUUGACUUAACCCAUCUGAAAGAAAGAAAUGUUGAGGACCUUUCAGGAGGAGAACUUCAGAGAUUUGCUUGUGCAGUUGUUUGCAUUCAGAAGGCUGAUAUCUUCAUGUUUGAUGAACCUUCCAGCUACCUGGAUGUGAAACAGCGCUUGAAGGCUGCCAUUACUAUUCGAUCUCUAAUAAACCCUGACAGGUACAUUAUUGUCGUGGAGCAUGAUCUGAGUGUGUUAGAUUAUCUUUCUGACUUUAUCUGCUGCCUGUAUGGUGUGCCAAGUGCUUAUGGUGUUGUUACUAUGCCUUUCAGUGUAAGAGAAGGCAUAAAUAUUUUCCUAGAUGGCUAUGUUCCAACAGAAAACCUAAGGUUUCGAGAUGCAUCUCUGGUAUUUAAAGUGGCUGAGACAGCUAAUGAAGAAGAAGUUAAAAAGAUGUGUAUGUACAAAUACCCAGGAAUGAAAAAAAAGAUGGGUGAAUUUGAACUAUCCAUAGUAGCUGGAGAAUUCACAGAUUCUGAAAUUAUGGUGAUGUUAGGGGAAAACGGAACUGGCAAAACGACCUUUAUCCGAAUGCUUGCAGGAAGACUUACUCCUGAUGAAGGAGGUGAGGUCCCAGUUCUAAAUGUCAGCUACAAACCACAGAAAAUCAGCCCUAAAUCUACAGGAAGUGUCCGUCAGCUACUGCAUGAGAAGAUCAGAGAUGCCUAUACACACCCCCAGUUUGUAACUGAUGUAAUGAAACCUCUCCAGAUAGAAAACAUCAUUGACCAAGAGGUUCAAACACUGUCUGGAGGUGAGUUGCAGCGUGUGGCAUUAGCUCUUUGUCUGGGUAAGCCUGCAGAUGUGUACCUAAUUGAUGAGCCCUCAGCAUAUUUGGACUCUGAACAACGUCUGAUGGCUGCCCGAGUCAUUAAACGUUUCAUUCUCCAUGCUAAAAAAACUGCUUUUGUGGUAGAACAUGAUUUUAUCAUGGCUACAUAUCUUGCUGAUCGUGUGAUUGUUUUUGAUGGCAUUCCUUCCAAGAACACACUGGCAAACAGUCCACAGACUCUUUUGGCUGGAAUGAAUAAAUUUUUAUCUCAGCUUGAAAUCACUUUUAGAAGAGACCCGAACAAUUACAGACCAAGAAUAAACAAACUCAAUUCCAUUAAGGAUGUGGAACAAAAGAAGAGUGGAAACUACUUCUUCCUGGACGACUAAAUAUUGAAUCUGAGCAUCUUUGUAACUGGCAUAUAGACAUGCAUAUUGGAAUCUAAACAGCUGUGGAUGAGAUGGCUCAAAUCAGGUCUUAGAACGCUUAAUCUUUUGGAGCUUAAAAUCUCUUGCUGCGUUUGACAUCCAAGAUCAGUAGCAGUAUACAUCCUAGUCCAAGUAAAACUGCCUCUUUCUAUAUUUUGGUGACACAGCCCUAUAUUUUCAGUGUAAUGAUAUCAAAAUAGACCACCUUGAAAUUGUGCAAAUGGGUCUCCUGAUUUUUCAAAACUUAAGGGAGGUUUUCAAUUCAAUGUAUCCUACUCAUGUACCAAGUACUGACUGAAUUUCUUCAUUUUAAAAAAUGUCUUUUGUGUAUAAGAGGGAAGCUUACGAAGAACAUCAAGCUACAAGAGCAACUCUUUUAAAGAGAUUGAAUCUCUCUGGUGAGGGUUUCAUAAAUAAAUACCCACCUAACUUACAACUCUUCUGUGA